AUGUCAGUUUCCAGACAGCCAAAUAGAGUCAAUGAAUGCCGUAGGUGUGCUACUGACAAGCACAUUCCUAAGCUCUACUCAUCUGGAAACAACAUAAACCCAGGACCAGUACCACCACAGUUACAGGAUUUAUCACAAGCAGAGGAAAUGUUGGUGUCUGCUAUUAUGCCUGUUAUGUCCAUUUACAGGCUACUUCAUGGACAGUGUGACUAUAGUGGACAUGUCAUCAACUUUCCACAAGACAUCAAGUCCUUUGCCACAAGAUUACCCCGCCUGCCAACUGAGAUCAAUAUUGUGGUUGUUUGCAAGGAAAGUGAGAGGACACACAAGGACUUUCAAGUUUGCAGGAGAUUCGUCAAAGAAUCUCUGACUUGGUUGAUGGCCAAUAAUGUCUACUAUCAGAAGAUUGGAGUUAGUUUGGAUCAGGACACAUUGGCCAUGCUACCUGAGGACGGAGACCUCUCUGACCUCUGUACAUUUCAGCCAGUAGAGUUUCAAAGCGGAACAACAUCUAAUGACACUACCACCACUGAAGAUGUACCUAAUGCUGCCCCACCAGCUACUGAGAGGGAAACCAUUGAGCAAGCAAUCAUUGGAGGGACUCCUAUCAAUGAGUUCCAGACUGAGGGAUACUUCUCAAUGGCAUUCCCUAUUCUAUUUCCUACUGGUGCUGCUUAUUUUAAUGGUACUCAAAUGAAUGGCAUUACAGCUGGUCAUUACUUCACUCACCUUAUAAAACAACAUCCUGGUGAAGCUCAUCUUACUGUAGAUGAUUUUCGUGACAUGAUCGGUUGUGAAGGAGAAAGGUUCUCAAAUAAAGUCGUUCAUUAUGGGACAAGUCUACGUGGCACCAUGCAGUACUGGUUUAGAGAGAGGAACCAUCUCAUUGCUAUGAUAGACUCUCAGGGAUUGCCCACCAUCUUCUUCACUCACAGUGCUGCUGAUCACCAGUGGUCAGAGUUAGCCAACCUCAUUUGUCCUGAAGAUCCAGCAGGCUCGUGUGAAAGCUCCACAGACUACUGGAUGAGGUUUGAGUGGCAACAUCGUAGUAGCCCUCAUGUACAUGGACUAGCUUGGCUACCCAAUGCUCUUAAUGUCGAGAACCUUCUAUCAUCACAACCUGAUCUUGUGGAGUCAACUGAACAACAGAUCAAUGAGUAUGCUGAAGAGAUAAUCUCUACCAUUAAUCCUGCUGUCCUUCCUGAUGGCAGUAAUUUUAGUGAUGCUCCACCCCCUACAGUUGAUUGA